ACUCUAUUUUUAGCCAAAGUCUCUCUCUCUCUCUCUCUGUGUCUCUCUCUCUCCCCGAUUCAAUUUUUCUAGGGUUAGGGUUUGAGUUUACUUUGAAAAUAUCACCACGCAUAUACAUACAAAUAUAUAAUAAUUUCUAUUAUAAAUGGCGCCAGGAAGCUUAGAAUCAAUUUUCAAGUGGUCAAACAUGGCUUAAUAUCAUCUCAAUACUCACUCUCUCUCUGUGGUGGUAGUCCUGGGAUGGAAGUUUAUAAUAUUUCUGAACCCGGACAUGCAGAUGCCUAUCUGAUUCAAGGUACCGAGUUGAAUUCUCAUCUAACUAGUCCAUUAGUAGACCAAUCUGAAACAAUGUAUAACAACGGAGCCCCGGAGUUUGCUGCUGUUCAGCAGGGCGUGUACUAUCCUACUACCACCAAUUACGGCUAUAUCUGUACAGGAAUGGAAUCACCUAACAAUUGGGAUGACCACCAAAGAAUUUUUGGAUUGGAUGGUCAAGAAAUUCAGUAUGCGGGUGCGCAAGCUGAAAAUUUUCCUUAUUUAUGUUAUACACCUAGCUAUGAAUAUACAGAAUCUCCCUAUAACCCGUAUAACCCUUACAUUCCUGGUGCCUUGAUUGGCAUUGAUGGGUCAUAUAUAGGGUCACAACAGUACUAUACAGUCCCCUCAUAUGAAAAUACUGUAACAACACCUGGUUAUUACCCCAUGGUUGUCCAAUCAGGACCAGAUAUCUACCCAAAUAGUACUCUUGAGCCAUUCACCGAAGGAGCAGUAUCGAUUGCUAAUAGUACUGAUGGCACUGGUCUCAAGCAUCACCUAUCUCCAGCAUCUGCUGCCUUUACAAUAAAUUCUUCGAGGAUUGCUUCUAACCUGACAAACUCGUUCACAAGGGGAUCUGGGGUAUCGAAGAUUAAUGCUGGACCAAGCAAACAGCCAGUUACUCAUGUUAGUGUGCCAUCAAAUGGUUAUUCCAAAGCAGCUGUGUCAAAUGUUUUCCAGGGUAGAGGCAGUCAAAAUUUUGAUAACCUUUCUCAUGGCAAGGUUUGGUCUAAUCGUAAUCAAGUAAAAGUAUCGCAGCCUGGUAAUGGCUUGUCUAGUUUUGGCUCCAGUGCCCAGGCAAAAACUGUGACAGAUAAGGUUCAAACGAAAUUUAACGGUGGCAAUGGAAGUCCUGAUGCAUCUUCUGAACAGAACAGAGGCCCUAGAACUAGCAACUCAACUAAAAUAUUGGCUGUAAAAGCCUAUACAAGCAAGACUGGAGAAGGUGAUCCUCAAGGAAGUAUAAUAAUUCAUACAGAUCAGUAUAACAAGGAAGAUUUUUCGGUUGACUAUGUAAAUGCAAAGUUCUAUACAAUCAAAUCAUACAGUGAGGAUGAUGUGCACAAGAGUAUCAAGUACAAUUUGUGGUCAUCGACGCUUAAUGGAAACAGGAAGCUGAAUAAUGCUUAUGAAGAUGCUAAGAGAAUAGGUGGAGAGGAAACCAAAGGCUGUCCUGUUUUUCUCUUCUUCUCGGUAAAUGCAAGCGGUCAAUAUUGUGGAGUUGCUGAGAUGACGGGUCCAGUAGAUUUUAAUAAAGAUAUGGAUUUCUGGCAGCAAGAUAAAUGGCAUGGGAGCUUUCCUGUCAAGUGGCACAUUAUAAAAGAUGUUCCAAACCCAAACUUUCGGCACAUCAUUUUAGAGAACAAUGAGAACAAGCCUGUGACCAACAGCAGGGACACUCAAGAGAUAAGGUACAAGAAAGGUAUGGAGAUGCUUAAAAUAUUCAAGCACUAUACAUCGAAGACAUCAUUAUUGGAUGACUUCAUGUACUACGAGAAUAGACAGAAGCUUCUGCAACAGGAAAAAGCGAGGCUAUUGAUUAAAAACUAUGCGAAUCCAUUUAUUUUGUCUCGUGAAGAACCACCUCGCAACCUGAUUGGCUUUCUGAACCCGCCUAUAAAUGAAGUUGCGAAAAUUGAGAAGGCCAAGGAGAAUUUAGAAAAGUUCGCUGUUUUAACUGACCUUGUUUCGGCUGACAAAGAAGUUAAUAAAGGCACUGAAAUAGCAAAUAAUAAACCUGUAGCUACAGAAGAUAAGGUAGAGAAGGAGAGUGGUCUUCUGAAAAUUGGUUCUCUCAGCAUUAAUCCGACAAAGGCUGGCGUGAAACCUGUGGAUGUUACUGCAAAUUCGCCACCCAUUGUCCCUGCUGCCGAAACUGCUAAUGCUUCCAAGCCAGUUGACAUUGUCACUGUAGGUUCAAUGCCUAUCAAGGUUAAUGGAUUUGCAAAGUCAGUUAAAUCUUUAACUGUUGGAACAAUUUCCCUCGAUCCUGGAGUGCUCAAGGCAGACAAAGUUCGUCCCUCUGCAAAGAGUGGUUCAAAGAAAGGUUGAUUAUUAUGAUAAAUUUAUUUUAUGAUUGGGAGUGCAUUUUACAAGCUAAUGCAAGGUUAUUUUAAUAAUACAUAUAUCUUUUGGUGUAAACUGAGUAUUGUUCUGGGCAAAAUUUAGGUCUCGAGAAAUAUUGUUCUUGAGCCAUGAUUGGUGGUUUGUUUACUUCUCUAUGACUGGAGGUGACAAGAUUGGUUGUACUUUUAGGGGAGGCUUGAUUGAUGCUUUUCAUUAGCAUUUUUGACAGUGGUACGCGGUACCAGUUGUGAACUGGAAAUACAGAAUGUAAACCCGGCUCUGGGUUAUUGCCCUUUGAAUUUAAUUUCAAAAACUAUGACAAAUUAUUUGCUGACCCAAUUUUAUUUUUUAA